CUACUGUUACUCUCCUGCUACUGUUUUUACUCUUACUAUUCUAUUGAUCAUAUUCUCUUACCACUUACCUGCUUUACUUCUGCUCUUACUUCUGCUCUUACUACUGCUCUUACUACUCCUACGACUCCUACGACUCCUACGACUCCUACGACUCCUACGACUCCUACUCCUACUCCUAAUACUGCUCUUACUCCUACUCUUAUUACUAUUUCUAAUAUUUCUACUCCUGCUGCUACUAGCCAUACUGCUGGGGUAGUAUGGAUAGCUUGUCCACGGCAUUAAUCCUUUACUGUAAGCGUUUGCUGCAAUUCGGGUGUACACCCAUACACCAGGCCUUUGAAGAAGAUCAAAUAAAAAAAUCAAACCAACUUCGAGGCCAACAUCUCUUCUUUAGCGUAUACCAUGUCCACUGCUUCCAAAGUCACUUUUGCAUCUAGUUGUCUUUUCGCCGCCGGGUCCUUUUGGUUCAUCAAUUACUCGCAACAAGCAGAAAGAGAUGCAUUAAGACAAGGGCCCAUCAAAGACGCCGCUAGAAUACAAGCUAAAAAAGAACAAGAAUUUAAUAAAAAGCAAAAGGCUAAUGAUGAAGAGCAUAAACAACAGUUGUUAUUAAAACAACAAUAUGAGUCGGUUCAACCAUUAGCUCCCGAGAUUAUCAGAGGAGAAGAACUGGAAAAAUAAGUGAAGUAGUUCAGUUGUUAACUUAAAUAUCUGCAAAUAGUUCAUCUAAAAAUCUGUAAAUAGUUAUAUAAUACAUUCUACAAUUGUUUGUGUUCUUGGAGACACCCGUGGUAUGGUUCACUUAAAGUAAACGUCCAGCUAGAUGUACUAUGAUGCACUUUUUAUUCUUCGAGUCAUUUUCCUCUUCCGUUCCUAUAAAACAGGUUCAACAAUAUUUGAUCUGCCCUAGUUGAUUCACCAAAACGGGUCAUCAGGUAAGGGAUGUUUGAUCAUCGGAAGUGAGGCUCUCGCCUCUGAUCCAGCCAGGUCAAAAUACAAGGAUUGUUGAU